GGAGAAGGACUUUGGAUCUUUCUAAACAUACCAACCACCUGAGACCAGUGCGUUUGUUCUUUCCAGGGAAAAACAAGUUGCCCACAACAAGCCAGGGGGGAAAGAAGCAAGAGAGACAGCCACUGGCAGAACAAACAGCAUGAAUUCAAUGACUUCAGCAGGCCCCCAGGCCAAUACUGUGUUUGUGAUGGCACCCCACAAUGGAUAUCCUGUGAUCCCAGGAAGCAUGUCUCAGGUGCCCCAAUAUCCACUCACCCAGCCCCAAAUCCACACAAUUUCUGGGAAUCUACAUGGUUUGGAGCCACCUGUAUAUACGCAACCUGACCAGAGAUCCUUUAAAGCGGGCAAGGUUUUAGGGGCCAUCCAGAUCCUGAUCGGCCUGAUACACAUUGGCCUGGGCAUCAUCCUGGGGACCAUCAUCCCUGGGCGCUACACAGCUAUCUCAUUCUACGGAGGCUAUCCCUUCUGGGGAGGCAUCUUGGUAAGUACUUUCAUCAUUUCAGGAUCCCUCUCAGUGGCAUCAGAACACCUACCGAGAUCUUCUUGCCUGCUGAAUGGCAGCUUGGCCUUGAACAUCAUCAGUGCAAUCUGUUCUAUGGUUGGAAUCUCACUGUUCAUCACAGAGCUGAUUAUCAACCCCCUACAUUAUUACUAUCCCAACUAUCUUUACUGGGGUGUGUCCCCUGGAGUAGCUACUUCUGCUGUGCUGUUCAUCUUUAGCCUCCUGGAGUUCUGCAUUGCCUGCAUGUCUGCCCACGAUGGCAACCAACUACUCCGCCAUUCACACAACAGCGGGCCGAUAGUCUUCCAAACCAUCUACACCAAUCCAGAACCAUUGAACUCGCCACCAGGUUACAAUGUGGUUCAGGGCUCCCGAUAAGCCAAAAGUUCUAGAAGCAUCUUUCACUGGGACCAAAAGAAGAACUCCCCUUUCUAGGCUUCUGUAAUUCAGCUUCUUCCUUCUCUGACAGACUAAGGAAUGUGUUUCCCCAACUGUUGGCACCCUUGACUUCAUUCUCUUCAGCCUGUAAAUCAUGCUGUUCCUCUAUUUAAAAAGGAGACAGGACUUUGAAGUGGAUUUUAGCAAAGAGGUCCUCCCUAAGACAUCAACUUGUGGGAAUCCAGUGCACAUAUUUAUUUACUUACCUGUGUGAGCUUAUGAAUUAGAGGAUCAAAUGUCUAGACAACCCCAGCUUCAUUCUCCCAAUCAUUUACUCACUGAAUAAAAGUGCAAUGAGCAUUUGA